UUAAGGAUUUCGAGAUCAGCAAGAAAAUGCUGACCAACAUACACUAUAAAGAUGAUAUGAUUUACAUCACAUACUUAACGCGUAUAAUUUUAAACUGUCUUGGGGUUUGGCCGUCUGUCGGCAGAAGAAGAACUACCAGCGAAAAAAUAUGGAAAUACUUCUUAAUCACGAUCUCUUAUACUCUUCUUUACUUCGUUCUGCUCCCCGGUGGCCUUUUCUGGUUUGUCGAGAAGAGAACGCGUGUCAGGAUUCGUACAAUCCCUCUGCUUUUGUACAGCUUAAUGGCCAGCGGUAAAUACAUUAGUCUCAUAUUUCGUGAAAAACAUAUCAGACGCUGUUUAAGACAUAUCGAGGAAGAUUGGAAGAUCGUUCCUAGCGCGGAAGCGCGGGACAUGAUGCUCGAAUCCGCGAAGAUCGGAAGACGCCUGGUAACACUUUGCGCGAUCUUCAUGUACGGCAACGGGGUCACUUUUCGAUCGAUCCUGCCGUUCGCCAAGGGAAAGAUCGUCAAUGCGCAAAACGUCACGAUCAAGCCGCUACCCUCUCCAGCUUACUUCUUUUCUUUAGACGUACAAGCCAGUCCUACUUACGAGAUGAUUUUUGUAAUGCAGAUUUUAUCUGGGUUAGUUACAUACUCGAUAACAACAGGUUUAUGCGGCCUCGCGGCCGUCUUUGCGAUGCACGCUUGUGGCCAAUUAAAAAUUCUAAUGAAUCUUAUGACAAAUCUUGUUGAGAAACAGUGGCAGGAAAAACGAGAAGUGGACAGAAGAAUGGCUAGAAUGGUUGAACAUCAAAUAAGAAUACGUAGUUUUUUGCAAUUGGUAGAAAAUACUCUACAACAAGCGUGUCUAAUAGAGUUAUUAGGAUGUACGGUGAUAGUCUGCCUUCUAGGAUAUUUUAUAAUAAUGGAAUGGGAGAAUAGUAAUCCGAUAGCUAUGUGCUCUUAUUUUGUAGCACUUAUAUCUCUGAUGAUAAAUAUGUUCAUGUUUUGUUACACCGGUGAACAACUCACCGUUCAAGCGGAGAGAGUAGCUAUUACAUCUUGCGAGCUGGAGUGGUAUCGUCUUCCAGAAAAGAAAGCGCGAGGGAUCGUACUAGUGAUAAUCAUGUCAAAUUUGCCCAUCAGGAUCACCGCUGGGAAAAUAAUGGAUUUGUCACUCAAGACGUACGGCGAUGUUGUGAAGACAGCUGUGACAUAUUUUAAUAUGCUUUUAAAUAUGAUCGAUUAAAUACAAUUCCUGCAAUACAAUAUCUUUCUU